AGGGCACCGCGAAUAGGCUGUCUGGCGAUUUUCUGGGCGUCUGCCGCAGCUGGGGGGCUUUUAGAGGGGUUCAAUUGAGGUGUUGUACAUGUACCUGCAAGCCAGCAGCUGCAGUGCAUCGAUGGGCGACUUACCCGAUGCGGCGGGCGGUGGCAGAACUCAAAUGGCAUUCUUCACCUGUUCUAUGCGAACUUCUACAUCCGUCAUCGACAGCACGUUUCACGGUGAAGUAUUUCCGAAAUCAGCGAUUAUGUCUAGUCCGAGUCCUUCUUGCAAGCGCCCAUCCUCCUGCUUGCUGGUUCUACUGCGUCCUGUUCCUAGAUCUUGACAUCCGGAGCAAUUCACUUCCCCAAACUACCAAGCUACUUCUCACAGGAUGUUUCAAUGGUCCCUUUGCAAAGAUCACCAUACAAAAAACGUAUGCUUUUAUCUUCCAACCGCUCUUCUUCAGUUACUAUUCUUGGGUAGCUGUAAUGAAAGAUCAAAUCUUCCCUGUCACGUCGAAGACCAAUUCUACAUAUCACAUGACCAAUUCUACCCCACAUCGUCAUCCAACGCCUCUAUUCUGACCUCUAUUUCAUUGUGGCGGAUGAUAUGAGCCGUAUUUUCAUCAUCAAGCGAGUCUCCUCCCGUCCGCUAUCUACCUCAAUCGUCAUAACGUGGUUUCCGUUCAUGGUAAACGACACGCAAAUAUUCAAGAGCCGAAGCGGCGGGCUUUCCAACGUU